ACCUGUUUGGUGACUUCAGCUGAAAAAAAUCAUCUGACAAAAGAGAAGGCAUAUAGAGGGGACAGGAAGUGAUGCUCCGCUGGGUCUUGCUUGCUUUGUUCAUUGGUGUCUGGGCUAGUGCCGGAGACCAGAAAAAGAAGAAAGUGAAUCUUCAGUCCAUGUCAAGAGGAUGGGGGGAUAAUAUUAGUUGGGUCAAAACUUAUGAAGAGGGCUUGUCAAAGAUGGUCAGCAGUAAGAAGCCUCUGAUGGUCAUCCAUCAUCGAGACCACUGCCCAUACAGUCAAGCACUGAAGAGGGCAUUUGUUGCUGAAAAGUCCAUCCAGAAAAUGGCCAAAGAGGAUUUCAUCAUGCUCAACUUGGUGGAAGACACUAUGGACCAGCACCUGGCAGCUGACGGCUACUAUGUUCCUAGAAUACUCUUUGUUGAUCCGUCUAUGACCGUGCGCACAGACAUUGCAGGAAAGUACAGCAACCGCCUCUACGCCUACGAGCCUGGUGACAUGGUAUAUUUGGCCACAAACAUGAAGAAAGCCAAAGUCCUGCUGCACGCUGAACUGUAGCACCGCUCACUCUGAUGUCUGAUGUCUCUGCAUCCUCCAGUUACUCAGUGCUCAGCAGUGAAAUGUUUACAUGCUGUUCAGAGCUUGAUAAAGCAGUGAAC